GAAACAUAACUUGUUUUGUUUGUUUGUCUGUUUGUUGUUUGUUCUUUUUAGAUUUGGACAGUUUUCUGGCCAUAAACCCUCUUACAUGGGGCCCGUCAUAAGAACAAUUCAAAUAGGCACUGAUUUAUCUGUCAGAUAUGAAAUCAUUAUUCAAUUUGGAAAGCAAAAUCUGAAAUAUUUUAGGCAUUUUUGGGGGUACAUGAUAAAAACUUCAACACUUAGAGUAAAAACAAGGCUACAAUUAUUUUAGACAAAUUGGACAAUGUACAGUUUAUGAUUUAAGAUGUAUUUGUGUUGGGAUAAUAAAAAAAACAUAUUUUAUGCUCUAUUGACCAGUUUCAACAUUUUAUAUUUGAUUCAUGAUAAAAGCUACCCAACAAAAGGGCAAACCUGCAAAAAAAUUAUAAUUUUUUUUAUUCUAUAGCACACAGUAAUCUGGAAACCUCUAUUGCUUUGUGAAAACUUAUAAAAUGGACAAAAACAAAGCUGGCCAGGCUUAAUUCAAGCUAGAACACAAAAAGAGUGAAUUUUUACAAACUGAACACAAAGUUUCACCCAAGUAUUUUCCCAACACUUUAAGAAUUCACAACCAUCCAAAUCAAACAUAUUUUAAACUGAACCGGGGCAAAUUGUUGUCCGGAGUUAUUAAAUUCAGUGGAAUGGCCCUUUAGUCAAACGUCGAAUCAGAUUCCAACUUCAGCGUCUUCCCUUUGAGUUGACGAACUUGACGCAGAUGGCACCUGAGCGGUGCGCAUUGAGCGCAAACAACGGGAAAACCGGGAUGUAAAAAAAAAGGACGCGGGGGGGAGCUUUACACCCACUGCUCUCUCUAAAUCCCACGCACACACACGCUUCCCCCACUCGUAUUAACCCACUACAGAGCGCAGAGUAAAACCGCGGGGUGGGAGUUAGUGCUCGUCGCGGAGCUUCGGUGCGGGCAGAUUCACCCUCCUUCGUCCCGCUGUAGAAGCUGUUGAACCUGCUGUAGUACCUGCUAACCGGAGAGGAUAAUAUAGGAAGGGACGCCCCGCUGGACGCGAGCAGGAGAGGGUCACAAGAUGAUUGGCAACCAUCCUAACCAGCGGCUGAUCUGCUAACGUGAAGGAUUUUAAAGAAACUGCAGCAGAACUCUUCAUUGAAGCUCCAUACCUGCGCUGCUCCAGGUGGAUUGAAUACAGAAGUGAAUAUCCACUGAAUUUUCAGAUGAUUUGUGUAAACUAAAGAGGAUAGUUGGACUAAACUGAGGGACAGCAGAAGAAGCUCUGUCCAUCAUCUCUUAACAUCUUAACUACUGUUAUCAUCAAACUGUGACAUUUAUAUAAUCAUAAUUGUGCUUAUAAAACCUAAACAAGAAAUCAGAUUUUCUCCUUUGAGGACUAUUUGCUGCUUCUUCUCAUCUCUCUCCCCACUGCGCAUCAAUUAAAAUUACAACCUGCCUCUUCAAAGCGAGUGUGACAUGGCACUGUACUAUUUUAGCAUGACCUAGUGCUUGCAUGAGGAUCCAGGAUUGCUUUUGACUUCCAAGAAGGACCCUUAAGCUCCCAGCCAUCUUCUGACUGCCUGCCUGUCUGCCCGACUGUAGCAUUUGGGUGUGGAGGGUUUGUUUCAGAAUUAAACCUCUGGACACCCAAUGAAGAUGAAUUAAGUUGGCAGGCCUGAAAGCUCCAUAACCAGAAAGAGAGAACAAGCUUGGCAGGAGGACUAACACCCACCCAACACACACAAAUGUGGACGCUGUGGCGGCUUUGAGCCAUGCUGAUAUUGCUACUUGUGGAGCCCUGGAGAACAGGCUAUCAUCAUCCCUAUCAUCAUUCACCCAAGCUGAGGAAGAUUCAACAGCCCAAAGGAAAGAGGCUACACAUCUGAGCGAUUCAAAGAAGACUGUGAAACUGUGCUAACACAGAGAGAUCCAAAGCAGCAUCCUCAAUCACACGCACAGACACUAUAAUACUCUUCUCCACAAAUCCCCGAUACAGGAAAAACAAAGCUGCAGGCGGACGUGAAAGACACAGAGACUGAGCAGGUCAGGAACCUUUCACCAACAUGGCAGCCGAAAGUCUUGCUGAGCUCCGCGAUUGGCUCUUUCUCCUACUCCUGGUCCUCACUUUAUUGGCUGAAGUGCUGGAGCUGGCGGCAGCUGCAAUUGCCAUGGAGACAGGCGAGGGAGAUGAGGGAAUUGUUUGUCCCUCCGUGUGUCGCUGUGAUGAGGGCUUUGUCUACUGCAACGACCGUGGCCUGAGCAUAAUCCCUCCGUUGCCAUUAACGGCUGCUAUCCUCUACUUGCAGAGCAACCGGCUGAGCAACGCCGGGCUGCCACAGUCACUGGAACGCAGCACUUCUAUACGAGUGAUAUACCUAUACGCCAACCAGCUGGAUGAGUUUCCGAUACACCUUCCUCCAUCCCUAAAGGAGCUUCAUUUGCAGGAUAAUAAUAUACGAACGUUACCGCGAUCAGCUUUGGCCAAGUUACCAUUACUAGAACGUUUACACCUGGAUGAUAACUCAAUAUCAACAGUUAGCAUCCAGGAUCGAGCUUUUUCUGGGACUCCAAGGCUACGACUGCUGUUUCUGUCUCGGAAUCACCUGUCGAGCAUCCCAGCAGGCCUUCCCGCAUCACUGGAAGAGCUGCGACUGGAUGACAACAGGAUCAGCACCAUCCCAACGCAUGCCUUCCGCGGUCUCUCCUCCCUGCGACGUCUGGUCCUGGACGGAAACCUGCUGGCCAACACACGGAUUGCAGACGAUACCUUCUCUCGUUUAUCUAACCUGACGGAGUUGUCACUGGUCAGGAAUGCUCUACAGUCACCGCCAGUCAACCUGCCUUCAGCUCACCUGAUACGACUACACUUGCAAGACAACGGGAUGACCCAUAUUCCGAGGGCAACGCUGGAUGGGAUGAAGCGUCUACAAAGGUUGGACCUGUCAGGAAACAAUCUGACCAGUCUGCCUCGAGGGAUUCUGAGAGACACCGAAAGCCUGGAGUUACUGCUGCUCCGAGGAAACCCCUGGAACUGUGGCUGCAACCUUCGCUGGCUUCAUUCCUGGCUGCAUGGCCGUGGGUCAGCAGUGACAGUCAGAGGCCUAGUCUGUCAGGGGCCAGAGUCUGUACGGGGCCAGUCGCUCAGAGAUCUAACAUCACUAAUGGAGCAAUGUGAAGGCCCCCCAGCAGGCUCUAGUCCUGGAGAAGUGGUGAACCCAGUCGAAAAUGAUGGAGGAGGUGAAGAUGAUGUUGGAGAGGGUCAAGUAGUCCCUCAUUGGACCACCACAACUGCCCCUCUAUUGGUCCCCACACAAGGUUCUCUCUUCACUCUGCGACCUAAGUGGCCAGGUCUCAUUAUGCCCCUGCCUCCAGGGGAAGGUGGACAAGUAUCUGGAGAGGCCUUUGAGUUGACUGUUAAACCUCUCUCUUCAGACAGUGUCCUUGUGAGUUGGCUGUACCCACAGCCAGCACCCUCCUUCCGCUUGUCAUGGCUAAGAAUGGGAAGCAGUGUAGCUCUGGGCUCAAUGACAGAGACUUUGGUUGCUGGAGAGAAGAGGCAGUACCUCCUUAACCAGCUCACUCCACGUUCCCGUUACCUCAUCUGCCUUCUGCCACUGCGACAGGAGGCCUCCUUUGGGGGAUCCAGCAUGGGCUCAUCUCGAGCUGGCAGCAUGGACAUAGACAGUAAAGACUCAGCUCCAGCCUGUGCUCAGAUAGAGACUGGAGAUGUAAGCUCUGGAGGGGACGGUGCAGACAAAGAGGGACAGGACUCUGAGCUAACAGCUCUGCCACUAGCUGGAAUUAUAGGAGGUGCCACAGCAUUAGUGAGUUUGCUUCUAAUCUUUGCCAUCUUCUGCUGGUAUGGACAGAGAUCAGGUUACAUGUCUGGGGACUCGGGUUCAUACAGCAGAGGCCGGGGUGGGAAGCAUUACGAUGACUACGUAGAGUCAGGCACCAAGAAAGACACUUCCAUCCUGGAAAUCAGGGCUCCUCCUGCAGGCUUUCAGAUGACAGCUAUGGCCCAUCAGUCCCUGCAGCCUAAGCUGGAGGAUGUUACAUACAUCCACACCAUUUUCCCUUCCUCCUCCUCCUCUUCCUCCCAAGCUAAUGGGACCUACCGGAGCAGCCAUGGAGCUGGCAGUCUCAAUGGCACUAUCCUCAGCCAAGCCAGCCACCAUCAUGUCACUUAUGGCACCAACCGUGGCUACAGAGAGGGUGGCAUCCCUGACAUAGACUAUGCCUACACGUGAUGACGCAGGGCACACUCCCUGAGCUACCAGAGCCCUGUUGGCUGGUGGCAUUUUGCCCUUGGUUUCCAAAGUACCCUCUGUGCCUCUGAUGGUUCAAUUCUGAUUGGUUUGCUAAGUAGAUGAUGAUGAUGAUGGGACAAUGUUAAUAAGCAACAGAAGUAAGAGUCCCACUAUACUCUUCUGCUGUAUCCUACAAAAUACAGUAGGCUCUUCUCUCGGCACUGCUUAUUGUUCUAAAUGGUUAUGUUUCCUCUUUUGGAUAUCUCAGUGUCUUUCAAACCUACUGCUCUUCUCAGCUCAUAAUAAUACAUGGUAAAUUAUUUGAGGUUGAUAUACUAGGCUUAGCUGAUUUAGCAGGAGAUAUAUUUAUAAUAUGAGGAAAAGGCACUUGAUGUGUAUAGAGAUAGCGCUCAUAUCUUCCUUCUAACUGUAAGCUCUGUGCUGUAUAGAUAAAACGGGUGACAGAAAGGAGAAAUCAAUGGUUGUUAUAACCCACAGAUGACAAUGCAUCAUGGCUGACAUGAAAAGAUGUGUUCCUUGCUCCCUUCUUUCCUCUGGUUUACUCCCCCAACCGCCUUUUAAUUUUUCCAUCUUUCCACCUCCUUUUUAGUUUUGUUUUCCUUUUUUUGGAGCUGAAGCUCUUUUCCUUUCAUUCCUCUCGUGUCUUUUGUGGUGCUGUGAGCAGAGGACGACUUUGUUCUCGCCAAAGGAGCUGACAGCAGUGAUAACAGCUCUGACAGAGACGGGAGACACAAACCACAGCAUGGGUAGACUAAUGAGUGGGAAAUAAAGGGGGGAGAGUGUGUGUGAGGAGUUGAUGGAUAGAUGGGUGGAUGGAGGAAAAGAAGAUAAAAGACGACAAGGGGAAAAAGAGAAGGGUGCUGUUUGGUUGGGGGGGAUGUAGUCUCUCUGAGAGGUGGCUUGCUUAUGGCAGAAAGCAAGGAAGGAGAAGAAAGACACAGGAGUUAAGUUAAAAAAGGGCGUGUGACCAAUGAAGCGGCAGGAGGCGAAAAAGAGGACAAAAGGAAAAGAAGAUCGAGGGGAAGAGGGCUGACAACUGGAAUAAUGUGACUUCUUCAUCUUAAAAAAGGAUAUAAUUUUGCCCGCAGCGUGGCCACUGCUUCCAACAAACAUGAGUGAUAAAAGACUGCAUGAUUCUGUCAAAAACUUGAUUGAACUUUGUUUGAUUUAUAGAGCGAAGCACAUUCCAAUAAAUAAAACAAAGCGAAAAGAGAAAAGAAAAACAAAAGGCAAAAUAAUCUCCAAGCAAACAAGACAAAAAAAAUACUCUGAAUUAAGAAGAACAGCAUGAACCCAGUUUUUAAUUCGGCUUGGUCUUAUUAUUAAAUUAUCUUUCACACAGUAAUGAAAGAAACUAAUCAUGCAUCUUAUAAUAGUAACCCAUUUAUCUUCAAGAGUAAGGCCAAACUUUUUUUUAUUUGGCAAUAACUUGGAGCAGCAGAUCAUUUUUGUGAAGGAAAUUAUAAUGACGGAGCUCUUAUUACUCACAUUAUGAAGCUUGGGGUUGAUUAAAGACGUUUGUUUUCUUUCUGUUAUUGUGAUUCAGGAAAAAUAAAGAGGGGGAACAUACUAAUAAAACAAUAUCUAUUAUAUUAAAUGUGAUUUUGCAUUCUGAUAUUAAUGUGUUCUCCUACAGCCUGGUUGAUCAUACAAAAACCACAGUAUUUUUGGAUGAUCAAGUACCAUGGGACAUUCAUUUUUAAAAAAGCACAUUUUCAAAAUGUUGUGGAGACAUCAUAACAAAGUAGGACUUUUUCAGUUUGUUGUGUUUCUCACAAGAAAAAGGAAAAAUAAACAUAUUAGCAUUGCAUGUGUGAAUUAAAAAUGUCCACAAUCCAUGUUGGAAAAAUAAACACAAAGAUCCCCUGAAGACAGAAUUCAAAAAGGGAAAAACUGAAGUUUCUCACCAUCCCUAAUGUCAAAAUCCAAUAUGGCUGCCAUAAGGAAGUUAGAGUGAGGAGUUAAACUAUUAAAUAUUAUUUAAUAGUGUUUGAAUGGACAAAAUGCCUACAUAGUUGUAAGCUUAUACUGCCAAAAGUAAUUAGUAAGGACACUGAGAACAAUUGGUAUAGCCUAAUGGUUUUCUGACUUGCAGCUCAAACAUGGAUCAUGGAUGUAUUGGGCUUGAGGCCUUCUCCAGAUGCAAGUUCAGACUUCAUAAGUAAAUUAAGUGCAGCAUAAGUGGCCACUUUCACUUUUUGUCGACUCUUUAGACAUUCCCAACUUCUCUUUUUAUGUAGUAUUUCAUUAUAGAUCAAUGAUCUUGAACAGUUUUAUGGGCUGUUUGGGCCUUCAAACUCUUCACUUCACACUUUUUAAUAGUUGAUGUCAACAAAUUUCUAUGAGUGUCUCGAAAGGCAACUAAAGUGACACCAGUUAUAAAACCAUGGAUCUAGUAAACCAACCCUAUCAGAUUUUUUUAUGUGAUCUUAGAUAUGUUCAAACACUAAAUAUAAAAUAGAGUUUUUAAAACAAUGGAGUUCAUUUUUAAUUAAAAACACAAUAUGAUUGUCCAAGUCCCAAACUUAGGAAGCUAACAAUAACUUCAGGUUUCUGUAAACCAGACAUUUACAUAGAAUUCAUAAAUAAAGACACAAACUUCUCUCACAGUAAAUCAUUUGAAGAUUUCUCUGUUUCAGGUCAGUUAGUGAUGCCAAAGUUAUUUCAUAUUUAAUAAAUUCCAGAAUAAUGAGAGUUUUUAAGGCCUCUUUUUAAUUUUCUUUUUCUAAUUCUAGUUCUGUUUCCCAUGUCACUAUAGGACUCUGGGAAACAGAACCCAUCUCCGUCUUGAAAGUCAUUGUGAUAGGGCAUUCCCCUGAUGUUUACACUUAAAUAUAUUUGUUUAAACAGAUGAAUGUAGCACCUUCAGGUCUCUGAAAAUUGGAUCCAGCGUUGAAGAUUUAUGAAGACAUUUAGCAAAUACCGUAUGAAUAACUGGGGUUUUCCUAACUGACCUAAAAACUGAGGGAAAACGGGUGUGUCUUUGUAUACAGUAUAUGUAUGCAAAUGUCUUGUUUCAACUUUACAUUUCACAUAAAAUGGGAAGACAUUACUAUACGAUUUGGAUUAUCUAAAAUUGCAGCCUCAAUUAAUUCUGCGAUUAAUUGCCGAAUCCAUUUUAACUUGUAUUUUUUUAUUAAGUGAAAGCACUGAAAAUCAGACAGUUUUGUUAACCUAAAUUAUUUAAGAUGAGCUGAUAAAGUGUUGGCAGAGAAACAUUUGUUGACUCAGGAUGUCCAGUUUUAUGGCCUUAGAUAAGCAUAGAGGAUCUGUUAACAGCCCGACCGCUUCACUGUGCAUCUCAACACCAACACGUCCACAGGAAAGCAGCCCCUUCUCUCUGACUGCCUCUCACUGAGCCCACCAACAGACCCAAAUGCAGGAGGAACUUUGAUGGAAAAUCAUUUUUAAACAGCCAGAUUUCCAGAUGAAAGAGAAGGGAGGAUAGAGAGGGAGAAAGGAGAAACUUAGAUACAGCCUUUAAGUGUUGAAACCCGUUCCUUCUUUCUUUUGGUUGUACUCUUCUGAUUUUCCUUCCUGUGUUGCUGUGUACCGAUGAUAAUCAAGGAGCUCUGGUGUGUAUUUUUUAGUUUCUUUAUAUCUGUAUUUUUUUUUUCUUAAAAUCAAUUUUUGAAAGAACAGUAAAGCUACCAUUCAUUCUUUCUAGAAAAUCUUUCCUUUAAAAAUAUCCUCAGAUGUGAUAAUGAAAACACUUAUGUAUAGACAAAACCGAGUGCAAAAUGCUUUUUCAUUUAUUGAUCUGUCGUCUUUUUUCUACGCGGAUGAAUAAAGACUUGUGAGAGGAAAACC